GUUUCGGAAGGCGGAGGGCAAAAAAAAGGGGGUCAAAGACGACAGUGAAAUUGUAUGAUUGAAUGCUUUACAUGUCUGUACUUGAAAUCCCGUUUAUUUGCCAGCCUGACAAUGGAACCAUGUCACGGAAUUUUGAAAGCUUUCCCAAAGGUUAAAAGGGCCCGAGUUCAAGGAAACGAUUCUCCACCUUUAAAGAAGAAAUCUGAUGAAUUUGAGGUCACAGGAAAUACCUUUAAUGGUACCUCAGUGUACAUCCUGCCUGCUGGAAUAGGAAAUGCAAGAUGUCAAAUCUUCCAAAGACAAGUUCAACAGAAUGGAGGCCAGACAGAGAGCUCCCUGUAUGCAAGUGUCACUCAUGUUGUCGUUGAUGACAAUAUGGAUUGUGACAGGGCUCUGCGUCUCAUCAAGUUGGAUGCAAUGCCUUCUGGAGUCCAUCUCGUCAAAUGUAGUUGGUUAAGCUCAUGUAUCAGUGAGAAACAACUCUUGGAUGAAUCAAGCUAUAGUCUUUUACCGAAAAGGGAUUCUGAAACUCUCCUAGAAAAAGACUUGCUGACUGGCAAGUCUGCUGCUGAAAUGCUAAACCCAGAGUGUGAUCAUAGCAAGCAAGGGGAAACAUUAGACAUGAGUGUAUCCAACAAAGAAGAUAUUCAAGGAGAAGACGAUGGAGUCUGUCAGAGUCACCUAGAAGCUCUCAUUACAGGUCGGUGUCCCAAAGACGAAGCCCCUGGGCCCAGCCUUGAUCCUGGUCGAGACACUACCGCUCAUACGGUGGUCUCAGGGAAGUGGGUCUGCGCGCAGUCUUCUCAAUCCAAAAGUAAUAACUUCAACAAGCACAUUACCGACAAACUAGAACUACUGGCCAAGGCCUAUACACACCAGGGAGACAAGUGGAGGGCAUUGGGCUACUCCAAGGCUGUCAAUGCAUUGAAGAGUUAUCACAAGCCGGUUACAUCGUAUCAGGAGGCAUGUCUUAUCCCGGGAAUUGGUAAACGUAUGGCAGACAAAAUUGAUGAAAUCAUGGAAAGUGGUCAUCUGCGCAAGCUCGAUCACAUUGGAGAGGCUGUGCCAGUAUUGGAGCUUUUCACUAACAUUUGGGGUGCAGGAACAAAAACGGCACAGCUUUGGUACCAACAGGGAUUCCGGACUUUGGAGGACAUUCGCACAAAAGCCCACUUGACCAACACUCAGAAAAUAGGACUCAAGCACUACAAUGACUUUCUUGACAGAAUGCCCAGGGAAGAAGCUGCAGCAAUUGAGAAAGUGGUGAGGCAAGCAGCCCAAGCAAUUGAUUCUGGUCUGGUGGCAAUGGCAUGUGGCUCAUACCGCAGAGGAAAGAACACAUGUGGAGACGUGGAUGUGCUGAUAACGCACCCUGAUGGAAAGUCCCACAAAGGUGUGUUCAGCAAAGUGCUCCAGAGCCUCCAUGACUCUGGAUUCUUAACGGACGACCUGGUGAGCCAUGAGGAAAAUGGAGAGCAGAAGAAAUACAUGGGCGUGUGCCGCUUGCCAGGACCGGAUCGCCGUCAUCGCAGACUGGAUGUCAUUGUGGUGCCCUACAAUGAGUUUGCCUGUGCUCUCAUGUAUUUUACUGGCUCUGCAUACUUCAACCGCUCCAUGAGGGCCCUGGCAAAGACAAAGAACAUGAGCUUGUCAGAGCAUUCACUUAACCAAAGUGUGGUGCGUCAAGGUAGCGCCAAGGUGUAUGCUGGCACUCCACUAUCUACACCCACAGAAAGUGACAUUUUUAAUCUUUUGGGGAUACCAUCCAGAGAGCCUUGUGAAAGGGAUUGGUGAUGAUUAACAAGUGCAAUGCUUUUGUUCUUUUUUUAAAUUUAAGACAGUUCAACACUAUUCACACUAGAUUGACAAGAAAGUUGAUCUUAUUUGACAGUUGAAACAAUGGACAAAUGACAACUACUGUCUUCACCAGCCGAGUAUGCAAUAUCUUGAAAAACAUGUAAAUGAAACAUUUAAAAAAAAAUUUAAAUUAACAUUAUUUUCCUGAGCUGAUAAAAUGAAAUUUAAAACGUCUUGCGGCCACUUGAAAUGAAAAAACUAAUCAUGAAAGCUUUCAUGAAUAAAUAUAAUUCAACAAUUAAUGCAAUGUUUUAGACUUCAUGUACACACAAUGGCAAAUUGUGAGAAGAGGUUCUUAAAAAUUGCAACUAUAUACAUUGCAAUAAAAUCAAUUUACAGUGGGGCAAAAAAAAGUAUUAAGUCAUCUACCAAAUGUGUAAUUUCUCCCACUUGCCUGUCAUUUUCGUAUACCUCAUCUGUGGAAUACUAAAUGAGAGAAAAAUCCAGAAAGAAUUUAUAAGUAUUUGGUCAAUAACAAAAGUUUAUAUUAAUACUUAAAAAAGUAUUCGCCCCUUCCUGAUUUCUGUUUGUUUUGCAUAUCUAUCACACACAAAGGUUUCAAAUCAUCAAACAAAUCUCAGAGACAACCCAAGGAAAGACAAAUGACACAUUUGAAAUGACAAUUCAAUGUACAGUUAUUAAGGUACUUUUUUUUUUUUUUUU